GCAGCAGCAGCAGCUCAGGUCGAUCCAGAGACUUCCAGUCAGUGCUCAGAGCCUCAGCGUCUAUCAGGCCGUGCUGCUGUUGACUACAGAGGAAUAUUUCACCUCUGGAUUUGAGUAAAACAAACAUUCACGAUAAUGCCCACAAUAAAACUUCAGAGCUCAGAUGGGGAAAUCUUUGAGGUGGACGUGGAGAUAGCCAAACAGUCUGUCACCAUCAAGACCAUGUUAGAAGAUUUGGGGAUGGAUGAUGAAGGAGAUGAUGACCCAGUUCCCCUCCCUAAUGUUAACGCUGCCAUUCUCAAGAAGGUGAUUCAGUGGUGCACUCAUCACAAAGAUGACCCCCCUCCUCCCGAGGAUGAUGAGAACAAGGAGAAGAGGACAGAUGACAUACCUGUAUGGGACCAGGAAUUCCUCAAAGUGGACCAAGGCACCUUGUUUGAACUUAUUCUGGCCGCCAACUAUUUGGACAUCAAAGGCCUGUUAGAUGUCACCUGCAAGACGGUGGCCAACAUGAUCAAAGGCAAAACCCCGGAGGAGAUCAGGAAGACAUUCAACAUCAAAAAUGAUUUCACAGAGGAAGAAGAAGCCCAGGUACGCAAAGAGAACCAGUGGUGUGAAGAGAAGUAAUCGGGAAGAUCCUGCUAACACUAACACACUGAAAAGGAUUGUCCCUGCUAACUGGUUGCACUGGCGUUGUUCAUACUUGUUAAUAUUUACAUUUAGUAUAUUUAGAGCCACAUUUCCCCCCACCCAUCCACCCACCCCCUCCCAUCCCAUCCCUUAAUUUCUGUAUACCGAUAGCAUGACCAUUUUAACUUGCCUGUGUGGUGUCAUUAAUUUAAAUAAAACUCUUUUUCUGUUUCCACACACUCAUGUUGAGUAUUCACAUAAAAUGAAAGUCCUGAAUCCUGAUUUCAUGGCUUUGUGACCUUAAAGAUUAGAAGAUGGCCCUUUCAUAUUUCCCCCUAUUAUUAAAUGCUAUGGUUGUCUUUUUUACUGGACAUGUUUUUCUUUUAGGUUAAUUGAUUAAAUAAAAAUGGCUUUUUUGAAAAUGGAA